AGAGAGAGAGAGAGAGAAAGAGAGGAGCAUGUAUGUUUGUAUUGUGAUAACUUAUGCGUCAGCAUGGUGUGUGAUUCUUUUGUCCCAUCGACACGCACAAUAAACUGUCAAAUGGUUGUAAUCACUCCACAAACAAAGAAUUAGGAUCCUAAUUGAAGGAAAAAAAACCCUGACGGUGCGAAAUUAGGACAAUGUGCAACAAUUAUGCAACCAAACAAAUCGCAUAAACAUUCCUCCCCCAUUGAACGCCAUCGAAAAAAAGGACUUUUUUGCCAAAAGGAUGCUAUAACGCCGCGUAGUACGCAGACGCGUGAAAUUUUUGUACUGAUUCCCCCAGUCGCAGUCUGCAGUGCAAGGAAUUCGCGUCCUUUUUUUUGGAGCAUGCCUGGACUGACCACUCGAUGAAAGGGAAUCCGGAACCGAACCGUUCGUAAUGUGCAGCCGGAGCUACUAGGCGGAGGGAGAGGGAGAUAAACAAAGAGAGCGAGAAGUUAGCUAGAACACUGGAAGGGCCAACCCUCUUCAACCCACAACCGCGUAGACGACGACGAAGACAACCAUGAAGCGGCAAAACAUUCGCACCCUUUCGCUGGUGGUGUGCACGUUCACCUAUCUACUGAUCGGGGCCGCCGUGUUCGACGCACUGGAAUCGGAAACCGAAGCACGCCGUUGGGAGUUUUUGAAAAGUGUUAAGGCGUCCUUUGUCGCGAAGUACAACAUCACGCCGGAGGACUACCACAUGAUCGAGAUCGUGAUCACGGAGAACAAACCGCACAAAGCGGGACCCCAGUGGAAGUUUGCCGGCGCGUUCUACUUUGCCACGGUCGUGCUGGCGAUGAUCGGGUACGGCCACUCGACGCCGGUCACCAUCGGCGGGAAGGCGUUCUGCAUGGCGUACGCGAUGGUCGGCAUUCCGCUGGGGCUCGUCAUGUUCCAAAGCAUUGGCGAACGUUUGAACAAGUUUGCCUCGGUUGUAAUACGCCGCGCGAAAAAAUAUCUGCGCUGCCAGCAGACGGAAGCUACCGAGAUGAACCUGAUGCUCGCAACCGGAUUACUUUCGUCGGUUAUUAUUACGACCGGAGCGGCUGUGUUUUCACGCUACGAAGGAUGGAGCUAUUUCGACAGCUUCUACUACUGCUUUGUAACACUGACGACGAUCGGCUUCGGUGACUACGUCGCGCUGCAGAACGACCAGGCGCUGAUCAACAAGCCCGGCUACGUCGCGCUCAGCCUGGUGUUCAUCCUGUUCGGGCUGGCCGUCGUCGCGGCCAGCAUCAAUCUGCUCGUCCUGCGCUUCAUGACGAUGAAUGCGGAAGACAUCCGGCGAGAGGAGGCCGAAAUGCAGUCGUCCGUCGAUGGGCUGACGACGUACGAGUGCGAAUCGACGGGAAAGUUGCUCUCGUGCGCCAACCUGAACUACUGCUCGGAGAUCGAGGAAGAGGACACCUCCGUCUGCUCGUGUACCUGCCUCGGUGGUAACAGUUUCACCACGCACGAGCACGAAUUUCUGCUCGACCAAGGAUAUCAUCCGGCCGAUAUCAUCACGAGCACUAUCAGCCUUAAGCGCAUGUCGAUCUAACUAGAGUGGGCGGUGAAGAGCUGCACACACACAGAUACACACAGAUUAUAGAUAGAAAUACUAGGGCAGGGAUUAAGUAUAGAAAGAUCACCCUUUUUUCGUGCGCACAUAAGCAAACCGUUAUUUUCUUCCACUGCUUCAGAUAGUUAGAGCCAUUAGAUAUUCAAUUUUAGUCGUGCCAAAACAAACGAUCCACGUGUCCAAAACAGAUUUUGAAAUUAGUGAUUUUUUUUUCUCUAUCUCUCUUGUACUGUAGUGUAGUGUUUCUCAUUUUUGUACAAAGAAAACGCCGUUUAACCAUUUUAUGAAAUAAAAUAAUUUCAUCAUA